UGAUGGUUGUACUUGGUACUUCUGAGCAGCAGCAAGAUGCAGGUGAACCACAUCUGGCAGAGAAAGGAACAGCCAUGGCACAAAGAACAAUAAACAGAUCAUUUCCCCAGUGGAAACGGAGGCCCUCUUUCCUGGUUUACCUGCUGCUGGCGUUAGUUUACCUGCUGAUCAUCGUAUUGUUUGGACUUCUGCUCUCUAAUGGAUCAAGGCUUUCUUCGGAAACGAGCAAGUUGCAUGAACAGCUUGAAACAAGCAAGGAGUUGUUCCCAUGUGGAUCCAGAAGCAGGGAAUGGCAAUAUUUUGAUGGCGGAUGUUACUACUUCUCUGUCCAGAUCCAGCCUUGGCACAUAGCUAAGUCUCAUUGUGAGGAACUUAAUUCAAGCCUGGUGGUUGUUAAUGAUGAGGCCGAGCAGAAUUUCCUCCAGUCUCGCACCAAGAAUAAACCCUACUGGAUCGGACUCAGUGAUUCGGAUGUCGAAGGGGAAUGGAAAUGGAUUGAUGGCACCACUUACAGAAACAGCUACAAGAAAUGGGGAAAUGGUGAACCCAACAAUUAUGACCACAGAGAAAACUGUGCCAUGAUCCAUGAUUCUGGGGACUGGAACGAUAUGGCCUGUUUCAUUACAAGCUUCUAUGCGUGUGAGAAGCCUUUGCGUUCCUGAAGAAGUACCGUGAUAAAAGACACCAACUAGCAAGAACAGAACUUCUUCAAAGACCACUUACUUCUAACCACCUGCUUUAGAGUGACAAGGACUCUGCACAACUUGGAUGUAGCUAUAUAUAUAUAUGUUAAAAACUUAGCUUAAAGUUAUUCUGU